GAGAGAGGGAGCUCGCAGGGGGAGACCCGGACGGCGUCACCCUAGGGCCCAAGAGGUGGAGGAUGAACGGAGAAGCGGACAGUCCAACCGACUUAGAAAUGACAGCCCCCAAAAAUCAAGACCGUUGGACCCAGGAAGACAUGUUGAUCCUCUUAGAAUGCAUGAAGAACAACUUGCCCACCAAUGAUGGGAGCAAGUUCAAAACCACCGAAUCCCACCUGGACUGGGACAAAGUGGCCUUUAAGGACUUCUCUGGUGUCAUGUGCAAGAUGAAGUGGAUUGAGAUCUCCAAUGAGGUGAGGAAGUUUCGAACCCUGACAGAAUUGAUCAUGGAUGCCGAGGAACAUGUGAAAAACCCCUACAAGGGCAAAAAACUGAAGAAGCAUCCGGACUUCCCCAAGAAACCUUUGACCCCAUACUUCCGUUUCUUCAUGGAGAAGCGAGCAAAAUAUGCCAAGCUGCACCCAGAGAUGAGUAACCUGGACCUUACUAAGAUACUUUCGAAAAAGUAUAAAGAGCUCCCUGAAAAGAAAAAGAUGAAGUAUAUCCAAGACUUUCAGCGAGAGAAACAAGAAUUUGAGCGGAAUUUGGCAAGGUUUAGGGAAGACCACCCCGAUCUCAUUCAGAAUGCCAAGAAAUCUGACAUCCCUGAGAAACCCAAGACUCCUCAGCAGCUCUGGUACACUCACGAGAAGAAGAUCUACUUGAAAGUGCGUCCCGAUGCCACCACGAAGGAGGUGAAGGAUGCGUUGGGCAAGCAAUGGUCUCAGCUCUCGGACAAAAAAAGGCUGAAAUGGAUUCAUAAGGCUCUGGAGCAACGGAAGGAGUAUGAGGAAAUGAUGCGGGAUUAUAUCCAGAAACACCCUGAGGUAAACAUUGAAGAAGGAGUUCCCCGCUCCACAUUGACCAAAGCCGAGCGGCAGUUGAAAGACAAGUUUGAUGGGAGACCCACCAAGCCCCCUCCGAACAGUUACUCUCUCUACUGCGCUGAGCUUAUGGCAAACAUGAAAGAUGUCCCGAGCACAGAACGGAUGGUGCUUUGCAGUCAGCAGUGGAAGCUACUUUCCCAGAAGGAGAAGGAUGCUUAUCACAAAAAGUGUGAUCAGAGAAAGAAAGACUACGAAAUUGAGCUCCUGCGUUUUCUGGAGAGCCUACCCGAAGAAGAACAGCAGAGGGUUCUGGGAGAGGAGAAGAUGCUAGGAGUGAACAAGAAAGGUGCUACCAGCCCUGCCUCUAAGAAGUCCUCACCAGAUGCCAGCAAGGGAGGUUCUGAGAAACCCAAACGGCCCGUUUCCGCUAUGUUUAUCUUCUCGGAGGAGAAACGCAAGCAGCUGCAGGAGGAGCGACCCGAACUGUCGGAGAGUGAACUGACCCGGCUGCUGGCGCGGAUGUGGAAUGAUCUUUCCGAGAAAAAAAAGGCAAAGUACAAAGCUCGAGAGGCUGCCCUGAAAGCCCAGACAGAGAAGAAGCACGCUUCUGACAAGGAGGACCGCGGCAAACUUCCUGAGUCGCCCAAGACAGCUGAGGAGAUAUGGCAGCAAAGUGUCAUUGGAGAUUAUCUUGCCCGCUUCAAGAAUGACAGAGGAAAAGCACUAAAAGCCAUGGAAACCACCUGGAAUAACAUGGAGAAAAAGGAGAAGCUGAUGUGGAUCAAGAAAGCAGCAGAGGAUCAGAAACGAUACGAGCGGGAAUUGAGUGAGAUGAGAGCGCCACCCUGUUCAACAAAUGCCUCCAAGAAGAUGAAAUUCCAGGGUGAGCCAAAGAAACCCCCCAUGAACGGGUAUCAGAAGUUCUCUCAGGAGCUGCUCUCAAAUGGUGAACUCAACCACCUUCCUCUGAAGGAGCGGAUGGUGGAGAUUGGUAGCCGCUGGCAGCGCAUCUCUCAGAGCCAGAAGGAGCAAUAUAAGAAGCUGGCAGAAGAGCAGCAGAAACAGUAUAAAGUGCUCCUGGAUAUGUGGCUGAAGAGUUUGUCACCACAAGAGAGAGCUGCCUACAAAGAGCAUACAUCCAAUAAGCGGAAGAAUAUGGGGAAAAUGCGAGGCCCAAAUCCCAAAAUGAAGCCCUCAAUACAAUCCAAGUCAGAAUCGGAGGAUGAGGACGAAGAUGAUGACGACGACGAUGAAGAGGAAGAUGAUGACGAUGACAACGGGGACUCUUCUGAGGAGGGAGGGGACUCCUCUGAUUCAAGCAGCGAGGAGGAGAGUGAAGAUGGAGACGAGAAUGAAGAAGAUGACGACGAAGAGGAUGACGACGACGACGAAGACGACGACGACAACGAAUCAGAUGGCAGCAGCAGUUCCUCAUCGUCCUCGGGAGACUCUUCCGAUUCGGACUCCAACUAAGCCAUCCCCUUCCUCUGGCCGCUUUUCUCGCUGUGCUCUUAUUCGGCUUCGUUUCUCCGGAUAACAGCAACGUCAACAGCUGGAGAGCGAGAAUCGAGAGGAAAGGAGCAAGGGGG